GGUCGUGGCAUUUCACAGCUUCAAAAAUGAGGUUUAGAGUCUUUGGGCUGCUGGCCCUGGGGCUCGCUGCCGGAAUUGAUGCAUUUAGAGACACGUCCCCUUUUUUCUUUUUCUCAACACAGGAGUUUGAAACAAGCUCUCGACAGAUCUUAUCUGCGAAUACCGUUCGAGAUGAUGUACAUAGAAAGCUGCUUUCAUGUCCGUCAGACUACUAUAUUAUCGUUUCCCAACCUGGCGUCCAUUUUCUCGACUACGCGUCACGGAAAUCGUCACCACGGCUACGCGAGAAGGUCCUAAAAAAGGAUAGCGCUGUGAAGUCCAGCCUUGCAGUUAGUGAAGUUGUGGGAGAUAUCGAUAUAGGGGAUCUGGUGUCAAAGCUCGAGUCGAGAUGUGGCGCCGAUUCCAUCGUGUUGAACGGAGCCUCCAACUAUUUUCCAUCGAUAUCACAUCGUGGCCGGCCACAAAUGGUUAAAAUAGAGUUCCCGGAGCUACCGAUAGAUUCGAAACGUGCAGAAACACUCGUUGAUUAUGAUUUAUAUCUCGCUACAAUUAUUGAUCAUCUGCCUGUGACUAACUAUAGCGUCGUCUACACAACCACAGCAAGAGCUUCUAGUGGAGCGGGGUCCGACAUUUUGAGGAUGCAAGACCCCCUUCAUCUCCGGUUAAAGCGGGAACCCGAAUCUCCUAAUGACAAGCCCUCUGAUAACCGACCACUGUUUGAAAAGUAUCAGUUCCUGAGCCCAGGCAUAUUUAUGGGUCUUUUGGCAUCUAUUCCGCUUAUUUUUAUUCUCUACAUUGGUAUAUCUGGUUUAACGAGUGUGAAGAUAUCAUAUGCUGCGUUCGACAAAGCGAACGGUCCCGCUGCUGCUGCGGCAAAGAAGCAGCAGUGAUGAGUCAUUGAAUCCAUUGUGUUCUCCAUGCCACCUCCCUCACUCAUGCCGCUCGCAAAUUAAUCUGGGUCAUUUAUUUUUGAUGUUUUGGUUUCUCGCUACUUUUCUGCGGGACGGAAUACUGCACUUUGGGCUGCAGGGUUUUGUGUAUUUUAUAAGGCCUGAACAU